AUUACACAGUGUUGACGUUGCAUCUCUUUCGUCCAAUAGCAAAGCGCUGCUCAUGAAUAUUAACACGAGCCCUUCGCAGUAGUAGGAUUGGAGUAUCGGCCGUCGGAUCUGUCCUGCAUGUGUGGAGACUAAUGCAACACUAUCAGCGGUGAACAGACCGACACUUCCGCUGCUGCUGUCAGAUGCCGUCGCCCGGCGUGUUUCUCAGGACUGACCGGAAUUAAGGACACAUUUUCGGCCUGCUGGACCGCGGACACCUGAGACCCUCACGGCAACUUACCGGCAGGAGAAGACGAAGAUGCCGCGGCGCUGUGCUUCAUCUCCAGCCUCACAGAAGGGUUAGAGUGACAUCUGACUGCCAAAGUGUGGAUUUGACUGGGAAAUCAUCGUUUGGGGAGGAUGGCUGCGACCACGCCCACCUCGGCCCCGCCUCCCAAAAAGAGCCGAGGGAAACAGGAAGCAGAGACUCUACAGACAGCCAAUGAGGAGCUGAAGAGCAGAUUGAGUGACGUACAGAACGAGCUGCAGCAGGAAAGAGGCAAGGUGGGGAAGCUGCGGGAGCGGCUGCAGGACUUGCGGGCGCAGCGAGAGACGGAGCAGCACAAGCACUCGGUCGCUCUCACCGAACUGCGGGUCAAGCUCCACGAGGAGAAGCAGCGCGAGGUGGCGGCCGCGCGAGAGAGCCUGUCCCGACAGCACGAGGCCGAGCUGGCCCGGGCGGCGCGGCUCCGCGAGACAGAACUGGCCCGGCUGCAGGCCCUGGUGUGCGUGUUACGGGACGGGGCCAGCAGCGAGCUCCGGAACGCCCUGAAGGAGGAGGCGCGAGAGGAGGCCCGCCGGAGCCACGAGGCCGAGAGGCUCCGACUCACGCAGGAGCUGCAGGAGGCCAAGACGUCCCGGCGGCAGGCGGAGGAGGCGCUGACCAAUGCCGUGCAGGCGGACCGGGCCAAAGCGGCCGAUCUCAGAGUGGCCCAUCAGGCCCAUCAGGAGGAGAUCCAGAGGAUCAAGCGCGAGAGCGAGAGAGAAAUCCGGAGACUGAUGGAGGAGCUGAAGAGCAGAGACCGUGUGGUUCAGUCUCUGGAGCGGGAGCUGGGAGCGCAGGCGGGACAGACGCAGCGUCUGCUGCUGCAGAGGGAGGAAUCCGAGCGGAAUUAUGGGAGUCCGAAGAGGGAGGUGGUGCCGGCCCUCGGGGAAAACACAGACUCUGUCAGUAACCAGGAAGUGGAAGAGAGGGACGUGCGCAGGUUCCAGCUGAAGAUCGCGGAGCUGCAGGCAGUCAUCCGGAAACUAGAGGACAGAAACACACUGCUGUCAGAUGAGAGGAAUGAACUGCUGAAACGAGUGCGGGAAACGGACGGAGAGAUGAAGCCGCUCAUGGAGAAGAAUAAACGCUUGAAUAAGAAGAACGAAGAGCUGCAGCAGACUCUCCAGCGCAUGGAGGACAAGCUGAAGACGCUCAGCAGAGAGAACGCAGAGCAGAAGGAGCGAUCGCAGCAGAACUCGCAGCAGCCGGGCGGCCUGAAGAGACACACCUCUCUGACGGACCUGAGUCUCGCCCACGAGCAACAGGAAGUGGAGUAUCUGCGUCUGCAGAUCAGCGAGCAGCGCGGCGUCAUAGAUGAGCUCACGCAGGUGCGUUUCUGAGCCGCGCACACACACACACACACAC